AACCGUCGAUUUUGGCGAAAGUAAUACUUGCAUGCUUAUUGGCCCGUCUGGUUGUGAAAAGACUGCUUGUAAACUAGGUUCUACAAGAAUUGUCUCAGAUAAACUAGAUAACAAAUAUCUUGAAGAUAAAUACAGAGAUUCUGUUAAUAUAUUUCAGAAACUUGAUAAAGAAACAAAUGAAUCUCUAACUGAAUUGGCAAAUUAUGAGCAAGAAGAUAUUGACUGGAAGAAAGAAAGAGACACGCAAUUUCUAAACAAAAGAAAAUUACAAUGGCAAUUUCUACA